AUGUCUCCCGUCGCUCUACCCACCCAACACGCUGCCGUCCUUCACGGCGCAAAAGACCUCCGCUAUGAGCAGAGGACUUUACAUGCGCCACGACCAGACCAAUGCCAGGUUGCUGUACAGGCUACCGGCCUUUGUGGCAGUGACUUACACUACUAUAUGCACGGACGUAACGGAGACUUUGCUGUUCAAGCGCCUCUAGUUCUCGGGCACGAAGCCGCCGGUAUUAUCUCCGCUGUCGGUUCAGGCGUCACAGAUUUCGCAGUUGGCCAGCGUGUUGCCAUCGAAGCCGGCAUCAUGUGCAGGAAGUGCAAUUACUGCAAGCAGGGCCGCUAUAACCUCUGCAAGGAGAUGCGCUUCGCCAGCAGUGCCAAAACCUUCCCGCAUCUCGACGGAACACUCCAGGAACGUAUGAACCACCCCGCGCACGUUCUCCACCCAUUGCCUGAUUCGUGCACUUUCGAACAGGCAGCCCUAGCCGAGCCGCUCUCCGUUCUCAUCCACGCUGCACGGCGAGCUCAGUUACAAAAGGGACAGGAUGUCCUUGUCUACGGCGCCGGCGCCAUCGGAUUGCUCGCAUGUGCUCUUGCCAACGCCCGCGGCGCACGACGCGUCGUCGUCGUCGACAUCAACCAAGCCCGACUGGCCUUUGCGAAGGAUAACGGCUUUGCGCAGCAGACGUUCUGCUUGCCGGCAGCGGCAAGGCCGAAGACGCCCGAAGAGCAGCUUGUCCGUGCGAAGGAGUCGGGCGAGCGGAUUUUGGAGGCCUUCCAGCAGAAUGAUGGCUUCGACUGCAUUUUCGAAUGUACCGGCGCGGAACCCUGCAUCCAGAUGGCCAUUCACACGGCUAUCACGGGCGGCAAACUUAUGCUCGUCGGUAUGGGCACGAGGAGUACGACUCUGCCUCUGUCCGCCGCGGCGCUUCGUGAGGUGGACAUUCAGGGCUCCUUCCGGUACGCCAACACGUAUCCCGAGGCGCUGGAGCUCCUAGGGUCGGGUCAACUCACCAACCUCGACAAACUUGUGACACAUCGUUUCUCCCUCGCCGACACUGCGAAGGCAUUCGACCUGCUGUCCAAGGGCGCAGAUGAGAGUGGCAGGAUGGCUCUCAAGGUGGUCAUCGGGCCAUCGCCAUAG